CUAAACUGUAGGUUGUCGUUUCCAAGCGUUUCACAGCUGGUGUCAGUGCAGUUUUUAAAUUAAAAUUAUUUUCAAGGAAAAAAUGAGACGGGUUACGCUUUUCGUUAACGGGACUUCCAGGAACGGCAAGGUUGUAGCAGUGUACGGCACGCUAGUUGACCUCCUGUCAAUGGCCAGGACCAAGCUGGGAAUUAAAGCAUCCAACAUAUACAAUGUAAAAGGAGGCCUUAUUGAUGACAUUGCACUUAUCAGAGAUGACGACGUGCUCUACGUUUCUGAGGGAGAUGCCUUUGUUGAACCACAGAGUACUGAGAGAGCACCAGAGCAGCUCUGCUUCCCGGCUCACACGGACUGGCUCACUCUGAACGUCGGGGGGCGCCACUUCACCACCACACGGAGCACGCUGGUGAACAAGGAGCCUGACAGUAUGCUGGCACACAUGUUCAGAGACCAAGACGUGUGGGGCAACAAGCGGGACGAGCGGGGGGCCUACCUGAUUGACCGCAGCCCCGACUAUUUUGAGCCUAUCCUGAACUAUCUGCGCCACGGGCAGCUUAUUGUCAACGAAGGCAUUAACCUACUGGGGGUUCUUGAGGAAGCCCGGUUUUUCGGAAUGGAGCAACUGGCAGAACAGCUAGAGGGACUGAUAAAGAACUCACAGCCUGCUGACGAUCACUCCCCAAUCUCCCGCAAGGAGUUUGUUCGCUUCCUGCUGGCCACGCCCACCAAGUCAGAGCUGCGCUGCCAGGGACUGAACUUCAGUGGUGCUGACCUGUCCCGCCUUGACCUGCGCUACAUCAACUUCAAGAUGGCCAAUCUGAGCCAGUGUAACCUAGCUCAUGCCAACCUGUGCUUUGCCAACCUGGAGCGGGCCGACCUCUCAGCCGCCAACCUGGACAAUGCUAAUUUACAAGGGGUGAAGAUGCUGUGUACCAAUGCAGAGGGUGCAUCCCUCAAAGGGUGCAACUUUGAAGACCCAGCAGGUGUGAAGGCAAAUUUAGAAGGGGCCAACCUGAAGGGUGUGGAUAUGGAAGGCAGUCAAAUGACGGGCAUCAACCUGCGCGUGGCAACACUGAAGAAUGCCAAGCUCAAGAACUGCAACCUGCGGGGGGCUACCCUGGCUGGCACUGACCUUGAGAACUGUGAUCUGUCUGGCUGCGAUCUCCAGGAAGCAAACCUACGAGGCUCCAAUGUCAAGGGUGCCAUCUUUGAGGAGAUGCUAACCCCUCUGCACAUGUCUCAGAGCGUGAGAUAACCUCUUGCCCUCGCUGGCCAGUCUACAGGGGUUGUCCAGACUCAGACCAGGCCUGUUGUGCUUUGCUGUCUGGAAGAUAAUUCCUGUCUUUGGGGGCAGUCUCAUGUCUUUCACUUAGCUUUGUCCAUCCUGACGCAUUGCUUUACUCACGUUUGAAGUUACAUCCUUAGCCAGAAUGGCCUUGUAAAGUUCACUGGCUCCUUGCUACACCAAUGAAGGGAUUGCAGAGCAUAAAAGGACUAAACUGCGAUUUAGGCAAAAAUGGGGAGGACUCCUUUUGCCAGUAAUAUGUCAAACUACUCUAUGAUUCUACUGCUGUCCAUUGUUCCCUUGUUAUGAGGAAAUCUGAACUACUGUCUGAGCUUGUGUCUGUAAAGUGGGGAUUUAAUGAUCCAACAAACCAUGUCUACAAGUCACACCCCCCGAAACAGUGCCACUUGCAUUUAAGUACAAGUAUAAUACUCUGUAUGCAUGUUAAGUAGCAAAUGGUGUAGAGUCUGCAUGUGAUGGAAUGUUUGCAAAGGAAGCUUGUUGUGAAGGUGUCAUUUCAUACUUCUAUGUUCAUAACAUCAGUUUGCACGUUGGUUGUACCCAUUCACUCUACAGGGGCUCUUCAGUUUAUGCACACAUUUAGGCUCAGAAUUGCAUAUAAGUUAAUUUGUUCAUAAAACCAAAGUCCCUUUUUCCCCUAAGUCAGUCAGGGAAAGGUUAAUAGAAGCAUCUUUUAUUUUAUUUACAGAGUAGUUAUGUAGAAAUCUCAGGUAAAAUAUAAAGCUUGAGGGGAAGUCAGGGAAGUACCUCUGAAGUAAGUUACAUGUAUUUAGGCUGCAUUAAAACUUAAAGUCUUUAAAAGGAAAACUUUACAAUGAAUGAAAAGUAUAACUUCACAAACUAAAGUUUGAUGCUGAGCAUGGGUUUAUGCCAUAAACAUUUAUCAUUCUUCAUCUUGUUAUUGAUCACCAACAUUCAGGAACACCAAGCAUGAGGUGUAAAUAAUAUGGACGUGAGCUGAGUUAAGGUGGUCCCACACUCUUAUGGGGUGCUCUUCUGUGCAAAUAGAGUAAACACAGGUUGUGAUUUCUUCACAGCAAACACCAAUUUUAGCAAAUGGAUUGGAAAAUGCUAUUACAGAUAAACUGGAAAAUGGGCAUAUCUUUGAAAAAUUUUCAUUUGAACAUUUGUAACAUAAGGGGCUAGUGUAUUUUCUAUUUGUUCAGCACAAUUCAUCCAACAUCAUUAUUGUUUAGUUUGAGUGCCUUUUUCACUGGUGUGUAACCUCAAGGCCUACUGUUGUGAUUCUGCAGAGAGAAGGUCCUGUGUGUUCAGCUACCAGCUCUCCCUAGAAAAGAUGUAAAAUAUUUUAUAAACUGUCCAUGAUUACUGGACUGUGAUCAUUCAUACAGUUACUUUUGUAAAAGAAAUGCAUUUGUAUUCUUUUAAAUGUUCACUUUCUGCAUAUAUAACUACUUAAUGCACCACUUACAAUGUUGUCCAUUAUGCUUUUAUGUGUGCAUAAGAAAAAGGUGUUCAUAAUAUCCAGUGAAUUAUGUUGUCUUUUCUUACAAAGAUGAAACUGCCAUGAAGCAUAGUUCAGGAAAUGAAAAAAAUCCUUGCAUGUGUGGAGAAAAGGAUGUAAAUUUUCCCCAGAAGAGAAUAUUUUGCAACUGUUGGCCCUCUACAUAUGUAAUGAUGAUAAUUGAUAAUUUACUAAUACACACACACACACAGACUGAAACCGCUUGUCCCAAGUGGGGUCACAGCGAACGGG